AUGGCGUAUUCAGAUGAUCGACUCGAAGAAAUAUUUGAGAGAUCCAGAGAACUGAAUCCAGAUUUCUUAGAUAACACCGCAAGUCUUGCGUUUGAAAUGCAUAGUGAUUGGUUAAGUGUGCUUGCCGCUGAAAAUAUCAAACGAAUUAAUGAUGCUGAUGCUUGUGAUUACGUAUUUCACACUGCUUCAUCUACUGAAUUUAUUUUCAAUGCUUGUUCAAAACUUAGUUUACCAAAUGAGGUAAAAUAUAGUGCUGUCUUCAUAUUUGACAGUUUUAUGGUACAGCUUGUGACUUACUUUUACCAGAAAGUAAUGAGAUCAAAGCAUUCUCUUCGUCGAAAAUUUCGACAAUGGGAACAUGUUGAAGCAACACUCUCACGUCAAAUAGCACUACGAGUGUUGUCCGCAAUUCAGAUUGCUUCUAAAAUGCAUAGCUACCAUGAAAGUUUAUCUAUCGAAACUGUGAAAUUAUGUUUGAAAAAAUACGGAUAUUGCUACCCAGAUGAUUCAAUAAUGAAGUCAGAAUUGCGCAUGUUAUCAAUGAUUGAUUGGAAUCCUACGUACCACUGUACUCCUCUCGUUUAUGUAGAAUCGCUGUUUAAAAUUAUUAAUAAGUUUUUAAAUCUUAUUAAUUUUCAGUUAUUUCCAGAAACGAAUAAAGUUGUUACACUUAUACUAUGUGGGUUACUUGAAGGUAAAAUAUUGUACGUUGUUUGA